AUGCUAGCGCUCACAGAAGCGCAAUCCAUACAAGCCGUCGCUGCUAUGGAACCCAUUUGCGACUGGCCAGGUCUGGACGAAUACUGCACGCACGAGAGCACCUCCUCAAGUCCAGAGAUAGACGAAAAAGAAGCACAUGAUUCUGCGGCGCCUGCAACAACAAGAUCAAAACCAAAACACAAGCGCCGAUCAAGAAAAAACCCCUCAGCACCGCCCGACUUAGUCCCCCUCCUACAAGCCCGCUCAAAGUUCUUCGCAACUCCAGAGCGCUGCUUUGACUCCUUCGCUUCGCCGAUUCUCUUCCUUCGCUCCGCGGGCCGGGACGUCCCGCACACAUUCCCUCAAUAUCUCACGGGCCCAGAUUAUCCCGUGCCCUUGUUGAGAACACGAAGCACAACUGCAGAGGAAUACUCUUCAUCGGACAGUUCGAUCUGGGAUCGAGAUGUGUAUCCCGAUAUAGACGCUGAUGACAUCGAUGAUAUCGGCGCUACUGCUACGCGUCGCCGGAAGGCGCUUUCGCGCUGGCCGCCAUAUGGACUAGAUUACGGCCUAAGUGGGAAGACGUGGUCUGGCUCUGAGGAUGGAAUCGGGCGGCUGGAGGUGAAGUUGCCUUUGGUUCAGGUAUUUCUACGGGAAGACGGUGCUUGUUUGCCGUCUGAAUUCGAUACCUCAUCUACGACUGAAUUGAAGAAAUCGCGGAAAGAGAUGGGUAAUGGGUCUACAGUUCUUGCAAAACAGGCCGAUGAAAUGGUCUCGGUUAUGCGACGGGCUUGUUUCUGGGGCCGAGAGAAGGGGGUUGGAGAGCGGAGGGUCACUUUGUCCAGGGUUCGCGGGACUGACCAUAAUGCAGAAGAAGUGGGUGAUUGGCUCAGGAAUUUCUUCCAAGGAAGGAUGGAUGAUAUUGAUUGA